AUAUACAACUUUGGAGCAAAGGGAAGUAGUGGAAGCUUUUUAAAUUAAUGCUCGAUUAGUGUCAUUUCACCUGAACUUGGAAGACUUGUUUUUCUGGGUGAAGAUUUCCUGUAUGAAGGUUUCACAAUCACAGUCAAGCAGGCCCAUGAGCCGGGCCAAUUAAAGUGGCUCCUUUCUUUUAUCCACAACAUUCAUGCCUACCACCAAGCCAGUUCCUGAGAUUUGACAGGAUGAACACUGAAAUCUCUUUGAAUUCUGUGUUGCCCUGACACUAUGGCUGUGGAUGAUAAGAACCUGACAUGGAUGCCUUUUGGAUUUCACACCAUGCAGAGGCAUUCUCACUUUCUUGUGACUUCAGCUGAGGUUUGAACAGUGCCCAACCCAAGUUCAAAGGCUGACGAUGAGAUAGAAAAACUCACGAGGAGGUUUUACUCUAGGGAAACUUGUUCAGUGGAUGGGACCUUUGCACACAGGGAAAGAUGUCAGGCUCUUCCUGGCUCCUUCUCAGCUUCGUUGCUGUAACUGCUGCUCAGUCCACUGAGGAACUGGCCAAGACAUUUUUGGAUACAUUUAACCAACAAGCCGAAGACCUGUCUCAUCAACAUGCACUUGCUUCUUGGGAUUAUAACACCAAUAUAACAGACGAGAAUGCCCUAAAGAUGAAUGAAGCUGGGGCCAGAUGGUCUGCCUUUUAUGAAGAACAAUCCAAGAUUGCCAAAACUUUUCCACUACAAGAAAUUUCAAACAACACAGUCAAGCUUCAGUUGCAGGCCCUUCAGCAGAGUGGGUCAUCAGUGCUAUCAGCAGACAAGAACAAACGAUUGAACAUAAUUCUAAAUGCAAUGAGCAGCAUCUAUAGUACUGGAAAAGUGUGUAAUGCAAGUAAUCCAAAGGAGUGUUUCUUUCUUGAACCAGGUUUGGAUGACAUCAUGGAAAAUAGCAGAGACUAUGACGAGAGGCUCUGGGCUUGGGAAGGCUGGAGGUCUGAGGUCGGCAAGCAGCUAAGACUGUUAUAUGAAGAGUAUGUGGUCCUGAAAAACGAGAUGGCAAGAGCAAACAAUUAUGAAGACUAUGGGGAUUAUUGGAGAGGAGAUUAUGAAACAGAGGGGGAAAAUGGCUACGCAUAUAACCGUAGCCAGUUGAUUAAAGAUGUGGAACAUACCUUUGAAGAGAUUAAACCUCUAUAUGAACAUCUGCAUGCCUACGUGAGAACAAAAUUGACGGACUUCUACCCUUCCCAUAUCAGUCCGACUGGUUGUCUCCCUGCCCAUUUGCUUGGUGAUAUGUGGGGUAGAUUUUGGACAAAUCUGUAUUCUUUGACAGUCCCCUUUGAACAUAAACCAAACAUAGACGUUACUGAUGAAAUGGUAAGACAGGCCUGGGAUGCAAAGAGGAUAUUCAAAGAGGCCGAGAAGUUCUUUGUGUCUGUUGGUCUUCCUAAGAUGACUCAAGGAUUCUGGGACAACUCCAUGCUGACUGAGCCUGGUGACAACCGGAAUGUGGUCUGCCACCCCACAGCAUGGGACCUGGGGAAAGGCGAUUUCAGAAUCAAGAUGUGCACAAAGGUGACGAUGGACGACUUCCUGACAGCCCACCACGAGAUGGGACACAUUCAAUAUGACAUGGCAUAUGCCAUACAACCCUAUCUGCUAAGAAAUGGAGCCAACGAAGGGUUCCAUGAAGCUGUUGGGGAAAUCAUGUCACUUUCUGCAGCUACACCUAAGCAUUUGAAAGCCAUUGGUCUCCUGCCACCUGAUUUUCAAGAGGACUUUGAGACAGAAAUAAACUUCCUACUCAAACAAGCGCUCACGAUUGUUGGAACUCUGCCGUUUACCUACAUGUUAGAGAAGUGGAGGUGGAUGGUCUUCAGGGGUGAAAUUCCCAAAGAGCAGUGGACGAAAAAGUGGUGGGAGAUGAAGCAAGAGAUAGUUGGGGUGAUGGAACCUGUGCCUCAUGAUGAGUCCUACUGUGAUCCUGCGACUUUGUUCCACGUUGCUAAUGAUUACUCAUUCAUCCGAUAUUAUACAAGGACCAUCUAUCAAUUCCAGUUUCAAGAAGCCCUUUGUCAAGCAGCUAAUCAUCAAGGCCCCCUGCACAGAUGUGACAUCUCAAAUUCCACCGAAGCAGGGCAGAAGCUGCUCAAUAUGCUGAAGUCUGGAAAAUCGGAACCCUGGACUGCUGCAUUGGAACAUGUUGUAGGAACAAAGCACAUGGAUGUAAAACCACUGCUCAACUACUUUGAGCCCUUGUUUACCUGGCUGAAAGACCAGAACAGGAACGUCCCUGUGGGAUGGAGCACCGACGGCAGCCCAGAUGCUGACCAAAUCAAAGUGAGAAUAAGCUUAAAAUCAGCUCUUGGAGAUAAAGCGUACGAAUGGAAUGACAACGAAAUGUACUUGUUCCGAUCAUCUGUUGCGUAUGCCAUGAGAGAGUAUUUUUUGAAAGUCAAAAACCAAACGAUUCUCUUUGGGGAGGAGGACGUGCAGGUGAGCGAGCUGAAGCCAAGAAUCUCCUUCAUCUUCGUUGUUUCUGCACCUAACAACACAUCUGACAUCAUUCCUAGAACUGAGGUUGAGAAGGCCAUCAGCAUGUCCCGGGGCCGUAUCAAUGAUGCUUUCCGCCUGGAUGACAACACCCUGGAGUUUGUGGGGAUUUACCCGACACUGGCGCCCCCUUAUGAGCCACCCGUCGUCAUAUGGCUCGUUGUCUUUGGGGUGAUUAUGAGUGUGAUAGUGAUUGGCAUUGUCCUGUUGAUCUUCACCGGGAUCAGAGAGCGCAAGAAGAACCGUCAAGCAAGUGGUCAAGAAAAUCCUUAUGCCUCCGUGGACUUGAGUAAAGGAGAAAAUAACCCAGGAUUCCAAAACAGUGAUGAUAUUCAGACUUCAUUUUAGAAAAUCUAUUUUAUUUCUUCCUGGGGUGAUUUUAUUGUAUGUAACUAUUAAUUUCAAGGUACAGAAAAUAUGGGAUUAUAAAGAUGUCACUAUCAAAACUAUGGCUCUGCUCAGAAAAUGUCAUCCACUCAGCCAAAGAGGGGACACGACUGAGGAGAGAGCAUCCUCACGUACGUGGCUUUCGGUAUUUAUUUCUGCCUCGGGAUUUGACUUCCCUUGUGUUUCCUUAAAAGGGAUGUUUAUAUCAGAGAAUAAUAGAGAAAGUGUGUCUUUGGCCUCACAGGUUGUUCAGGGAUCAUGGAAAUGGAAAUAGCUGUCAAGUUGCUAGAACAGGAAAAAAAAAAAAGCCCUAUCUCGGGAGCAAGUGUUGGGUUUUGUCUGGAAUCUGGAUGGGCCACUUGUGAGGACGGUGCCAGUGAGCAGGUGGGGCUGCGGGAGUUGGGAAUGGCACGCAAUGUUCACUUUAAUUUAACCCACGUGUAAAGGAUGACACAGUCUCUUCAUAUUAACUUAAUCCGAGUACAAUAGUAAUUUGCCCACAGUGCUCGUGAACUGGAGCACAGCUCCUUCGGGGGCUAGGUCUAAAGGAGAGGGAAGAAGACUCAAGAGGAGUUAGAGGACCUGGCCUCCUCACUGCCAAGUUGUUUGCUGGCCAUCUUCCUGAUAACACACAACCAGCCCCAGGGGCCUCCCCAAACCCUCCCCGUACACCUGCCAGAAACGCGCUGCCAUCGUUCUUUAACUGUGGAGCCAGCGUAAAUGGCAACCAAGUGUUGCCCUCUGAAGCGGACACUCCAUCUCUUAAAUCUUUGUAUCAACCCACAGUGUCUGAGUAGCGCUGAGCACAAAGCAGACACUCAAUAAAUACCUGCUGGAUUUCCACACUCCUGUGGUCUCGUCUGUCACUACGUGCUGGGGCUUUUGUGGAUUCUGUCUGCUUUUUACUUCCAUGGGCAAAGUCGUCGUUGGACUGCGUGGCACCCUCGAUCUCCCAAAUGUCUUGGGACAUAUCCCAGCUUCUCAAAUGGCUUUAUUACCCAAGGCAAUUGGAAAAUCAGUCCAAAACGAGUUGUGUUAAGACCUAUUUUUGAGAACAUUAGAAAUCUGUGUUCUUGCCCCUUGACA